AUGGAUUCUUUUAAGGAAAAUUCUGAAAGUGAAGUAACCUCUGCUGGUGUGUCCCAUAACUUCACUUUUGAUAAUAUUAACUGGGAAUUAAUGAGAUAACUUCGAGUCUUUGAAUCUGGUAGAAUCAUAGCUUAACCGAUACCAAAAGACGACUAUAAACCGAAAAAAAAGCCUAAGGAAAUUCCAAUGAAAUAUAGGAAAAAUUUUUAAGAUGUUCCGACAUUAGUUCCAGUAAUCGUUAAGCAAUCCUACUCUUUGGAGAAAAGAUAUCUCUAAGGCCCUGGUGAGUAUGAGGAAAAUAAGUAUCAUGAUAAUCAAAAUACUCCACUUGUUUAGAUCGAGACAGAAGAUUCUCAAAUUAUGACAUUGGACGGCAAAGAUGAGAAUAUUAGGAUCUAAAAGAAUCUUAGCAAGCUGGAUCUCUAAGUGGCAGCUGAUAAGCAAGAAUUUUAGAAAUACGUUGAAAUAUACCCUUAUCGCUAGAUAAAAUAUCAUAAACCCUUGGCACUGAUUUAUAAUCCUGCCUCAGGGAAGAAAAGAGAUAAAAAAUUUGAUAGCUGGUUUAUUCCUUACGGAUUAGACAUAGAUAAAUAUAGUGCUAUUGUAGCUGUUGGAGGUGACGGAACAGCUCAUGAAGUUGUUAAUGGGAUGAUGCACAGGCUAGAUAAAAAAAUAUUGCCAGUGGCAUUUUUACCUAAUGGAACUGGAAAUGAUACUAUAAGAUAAUUUUCAGCACACAACUUGGAAACAGCAUUGGAUUUCUUAAUUAAAGGAUAGGCAAUUAAGUAUGAUUUGACUAUGUCGAUUGCAGAUAGUGAAACAGAAGAAGAGGUCCCAGCUGAGGAAAAGAGCACAAGAAUCAAAUAUGAACUCGUUAAUAAUGGAUUUGGAUUAUUUGCCAGAGCAAACCAUCAUGCAAAUAGCAGAUAUAAAAGAUGCUGCUGCAAUCCAUAUAUAGCUGGCGCAAUUUAAGAGUUAGCGUGGACUUAAACAGAUUUUUAUACAAUUGAAAUCGAUGGAGAAAUAGUCUUUAAGGAUUAACCAGCUGUUAUAAUAAUGGUCAGUAAUUCAAAAUUUGGAGGGAAAGGAUAAAUUUUAUCACCAUUUAGUGUGGUUAAUGAUGGAUUAGUUGAAGUAUCAAUAUUUCCUGGAAAUAGAUCCAUCAAAGAAGUUAUUUCAUUUUAAUAUGAAUCUGCUUACUAUAAAGGCUUAUUUGUCUAUAAUCCAAAAAGAUUGAUUUAUCGAGGAAAAACAGUUAAAAUUGAACAUAGAAAUUUUUCAACAAAAAGGAACCCAAGAUCUAAAACAUAAAAAAAUGGUGCAGUUUAGACUUUGAGAAUGGACCCAGAUAGUAAUGGAGAAAAAGAAAAUCUCCUCAAGUAAAAGGAUGAUAGAGAAAAAAUACCAUAAAGAUAUCAUAUAGAUGGGGAGGAUCUAACUUUUAAGGACUUUGUAAAGUUUGAAUGCCUUUAUGGGGCACUUGAAAUCAUAGUAGACUAUGAUUUUAUUAUGAAAGAACAGUAGAUUUUUUAUUAGGAAUGA